UAACUCUCCAAUAAAAACCCAAUAUUCUUUAAGCUCCAGCUUGCUCCCGUUAUGGCGACUACAGUCGACCAGCCCGAGCGAGCCCGCGAACUGUGGCGGCGCUGCCUGGCCUCCGCCGUCAGAACCGCCGUGGCCUGCACUAUAGUGGGCUGCGCCACCCUCUUCGGUCCCGCAUGGAUCACCCGCCAAGUGGCAUUCCCGGCCUUCUCCUACGUGACGGCAAUUCUUAUUGUGACCGACUCCGCCUUGGGCGGCACCGUGCGUGGCUGCUGGCUGGGGCUCUACGCCACCAUCCAGGGUGUGUGUCCGGCCAUCUUGAGCCUGUCGCUCAUCGGCCCCGCCAGGCUGAGCGCUGGAACCACCGCCCUCAUGGUGGCUGUGAGCGCCUUCGUGGUGGUGCUGCCGGAGUCCACCCACAUCGCCGCCAGGCGUAUAGCGCUGGGACAGAUUGUUAUUGUCUAUGUUCUAGCUUUCAUCAAUGGCGUUCGGACCGACACCGUGAUGCAUCCUCUUCACAUCGCGGCUAGCACCGCUCUUGGGGUCCUGGCUUGUGUUCUGGCCGUGUUGGUUCCCUACCCGAGCCUUGCUUGCUCUGAGGUGAAAAAGAAUUGCAAGCUCUUCAGUGACAAUGCGUCGGCCAGGCUGAAGCUAUAUGUGAAGGCAUUUUGCGCAGAAGACAAUCCAUCUGCCUUGGCAUUGAUCUCGCAGGCCAAGUUAUCUGCCGUUAGAGGAACCAAAUAUCUCCAAAUUAUCAAAUGCAAACAAGAAAGCAUGCAGUGGGAGAGGCUUCCGUGGAAGCCGUACUUGUUGAAUGCAGCAGACAGGUUGCAAGAGCAGGAGAUGCCUUUAAGAGGCUUGGAAAUGGCCUUAACAAGCUCUUCAAUUCCUGUUCAAAUGCUGGACCAAGAGCUCAAAGAAGGGGCACUUAAACUGGAGAAGCACAUUGGCCAAACCAUGAAGAAAGUUUUGCCUUUUGAUUCAUCAGCUGCGCCCGAAGAAUCAAACACAGAGAACAUGGUGAAGUUCCUCCAAACACUUCCAACCAUCCCACAGAGCCAGAAGGGUCUACCCUGUUUCUUCUUCCUAUUUUGCUUGAUGCUGCUUCUGAAGAAAUCAACGGCCACUAGUUUGCCACCCGAUUCAGCUACGGAACUCUCAGCCAAUGCAGGCAACAAAUCAGAGAGCUGGCUUUUGAAGGGGUGCACUAAUUAUUGGAUCAGCAACAAGAGGCUCAUGCCAGCCUUCAAAUGCUCAAUUUCUCUAGGCUUGGCCGUGCUAUUUGGCCUGAUAUACAGCAAGGAAAAUGGGUACUGGUCCGGGUUGCCGGUGGCCCUCAGCUUUGCAGCCACAAGAGAGGCGACCUUCAAAGCCGCCAACAUCAAAGCUCAGGGAACAGUCCUAGGAAGCGUCUACGGGGUCCUAGGUUGUUUUGUGUUCGAAAGAUUUGUCCAAAUAAGGUUCCUGUCUCUCCUUCCUUGGUUCAUUUUCACCAGCUUCUUAAGGCGCAGCCACUUGUACGGCCAGGCUGGCGGGAUUUCAGCCGUUGUUGGAGCAGUGCUGAUCUUGGGGAGGAAAAAUUACGGCCCUCCGAGUGAAUUCGCCAUUGUCAGAAUCGUCGAGACGUUCAUCGGCUUGUCCUGUUCGAUCAUGGUGGAGAUUCUGUUGCAGCCAACAAGAGCCUCCACUCUAGCCAAAUUCCAGCUCCCGAAAAGCCUCCAGGCCUUGCAUGAAAGCCUCGGCGCGAUGAGCCUCAUCGCCGGCAAAAAACACUUGGAAGCGAGCCGGAAGAAGCUGAAGGCCAAUCUGAACGAGCUGAAACAGUUUAUCGGAGAGGCAGAGGCGGAGCCCAACUUCUGGUUCUUGCCUUUUCAUGGUGCUUGCUAUCGUAAGCUGGUGGGGUCUCUGUCAAAAAUCGAGGAUCUCUUGCUUUUCGCGGGUUACUCAAUCGGAUUCCUGGAACAAGAAUCUUGCAGAAUCGAGGGGAAAGAGACAGUAAACAAGAUAGAAGAGCAGCUGCAGCAGUGCAAGAGAAUGAUUUGUUCUUCGAUAAAAUGCUUCGAGGAAGUCACCUCGAUCAAGUCCCUUCAACUCCUCGACAAGGAGAUUGAAAAGAAGAACAUUUCCUACGAUGUUGAGCUGGGAAAAUCGCCAAGAAUGUUCCUGAUUUCCGGGUCUGCUGAAGACGAGAUAAACAAGAUCAUAAGUUGUUAUCUUCAGCACGCGGAAGAUGCUGUUGAAUGUUGUGGGAAUGAAGAGAAGAUUGAGCUGGGUUUGAGCUUGAGUGCUUUGGCAUUUUGCAUGGGAAGUAUGGUGAGAGAGACGCUGGAGAUUGAGAGAAACGUCCAGGAGCUUGUGCAGUGGGAGAAUCCUUCGAGCCAAGUAAAUUUGGUUGAAAUUUCGUGCAAAUUGCAUGCUUGUUACAAGUGAACAUCGUAAUAAAUAUUGUCGUGUACUAUAUAGCGGUUGGGUUGUGAUGUAAUUUGCCUGUUUCUGAGAGGGUUUGGAAGAGGAGAUAAAACCAAAAUUUGAGUACUUUUGAGAAGAUAAAAAAAAAUAGAAAAUGCUACUUUAGAAUGAUGAAAGGCACUAAAUGACAAAAAUGUCUUUACCCAAUUUAUAAAUUCA